UAAAAAUGAAAAUGAAAAGUCGGAAAAACAAAAAGAACGAGAAAAGAGAGGAUAAAGAAGAAAGACCGGAUACACACUCCGAGUGAUGCCAAAAAAGAACCAUACGCCUCCAAAAUAUCGCGAUAAAUGGAAAACCCUAAAAAAUCUGCCGCCUCCGUUUUUCUCUCCGUCGAGAAGGACCAAUCUCUUUCUCUCUGCGCAGAGACGAGAAAAUCAGCUACUCACUGCUGAGUUUUACUUUGCUCCCUCUGUAGGUUGACAUACAGCGCCGAAGAGAAGAGAAGAAUGGUUCGAGAAAAAGAUGUUUGUUGGGAAUAUGCUGAGAAAUUAGAUGGAAACAAGGUGAGAUGCAAAUUUUGUCAGAGAGUUCUGAAUGGUGGCAUUAGUAGAUUGAAGCAUCAUCUAUCUCGACUUCCAAGUAAGGGUGUAAAUCCAUGUAGCAAAGUGAGAGAUGAUGUUACUGAUAGAGUGAGGACCAUAAUAGCAUCAAAGGAGGAGGUCAAAGAAACUUCUAGUGGUAAAAAGCAAAAGUUAGUAGAAGUCAAAUCUCCUGGAAAUGUCUCUGCUAGUAAAGCUCUCAUGUCUUUCGAUACACCGACUCCAAUCCAGAAAGUUUUUCCUAAUGUCACUCCAAUGGUCCCUCCCCCCUUGAAUAACCAGGAGAAUGCAGAGAGAAAUAUUGCUCUGUUCUUUUUUGAGAACAAGCUUGACUUCAGUAUAGCUCGUUCUUCAUCCUAUCAGCUAAUGAUUGAUGCCAUAGCAAAGUGUGGUCCUGGAUUUAUAGGUCCAUCUGCAGAAACUCUGAAGACUACAUGGCUGGAAAGGAUCAAGUCUGAAAUGAGCCUACAGUCGAAAGAUAUUGAAAAAGAGUGGACUACCACAGGUUGUACUAUCAUUGCCGAUACAUGGACUGACAACAAGUCGAGAGCUUUGAUUAACUUUUUGGUUUCAUCACCCUCACGGACCUUUUUUCAUAAGUCCGUGGAUGCAUCUGCAUAUUUCAAGAACACAAAAUGCCUUGCUGAUUUAUUUGAUUCUGUCAUACAAGAUUUUGGCCAAGAAAAUGUUGUGCAGAUCAUCAUGGAUAGUAGUUUCAACUAUACUGGGGUUGCGAACCAUAUUUUGCAGAAUUAUGCAACCAUUUUUGUGUCUCCUUGUGCAUCUCAGUGUUUAAAUCUUAUUUUAGAGGAAUUCUCAAAGGUGGAUUGGGUGAACAGAUGUAUCUUACAAGCACAAACCAUUUCAAAGUUCAUAUACAACAAUGCCUCGAUGCUUGAUCUGAUGAAAAAGUUCACUGGGGGGCAGGAACUCAUUAGAACUGGCAUCACGAAGUCUGUUUCCAACUUCCUUUCCUUGCAAUCUAUGUUGAAGCAAAGGUCAAGGUUGAAACACAUGUUCAACAGCCCCGAGUACUGCACUAACUCCUCUUAUGCAAAUAAAACACAGAGCAUUUCAUGUAUUUCCAUUGUGGAGGAUAAUGAUUUCUGGAGGGCAGUGGAAGAAAGUGUGGCCAUCUCUGAGCCAUUUCUCAAAGUGUUGAGGGAAGUAUCUGGAGGGAAACCUUCUGUGGGUUUUAUAUAUGAGCUAAUGACCAGGGCCAAGGAAUCAAUAAGGACAUACUAUAUAAUGGAUGAGAACAAGUGCAAGACAUUCUUAGAUAUAGUAGAUAGAAAGUGGCGGGAUCAACUCCAUUCACCUCUACACGCAGCCGCAGCAUUUUUGAACCCUGGCAUCCAAUAUAAUCCAGAAAUAAAAUUUCUUACAUCUAUAAAGGAGGACUUUUUUAAAGUUCUGGAGAAGCUACUCCCCAUGCCUGAAAUGAGACGUGACAUUACUAGUCAAAUAUUCACAUUUACAAAGGCAACUGGGAUGUUUGGUUGUAGCCUAGCAAUGGAAGCAAGAGAUGUAGUUUCACCUGGGCUUUGGUGGGAACAAUAUGGCGAUUCUGCACCUGUUUUGCAACGAGUUGCCAUCAGAAUACUCAGCCAAGUUUGCAGCAGUUUCACGUUCGAGAGGCAUUGGAGUGCAUUCCAGCAAAUUCACUCGGAGAAGCGCAACAAGAUUGAUAGAGAAACACUGAACGACCUUGUCUACAUAAAUUACAAUCUCAAGUUAGCAAGACAGACAAGAACCAAGACUUUAGAAGCCGAUCCUAUUCAAUUCGAUGAUAUUGACAUGACUUCGGAGUGGGUAGAGGAGAGUGAUAAUCCUAGCCCAACGCAAUGGCUUGACCGUUUUGGUUCUGCUCUGGAUGGGAGUGACUUGAAUACAAGACAGUUUAACGCUGCCAUAUUUGGUUCAAAUGACCACAUCUUUGGUUUAUGACUAUGAAAAUCCUCGAACACCAAAUCCUGUGUCUUUAUAGUGAUCAGUGUCCUUUCUUGAUGCUGUGAUUGCCUAGUAUCUAAUCCUUGACAUGCACUUUUGUAACUUUCUAGAUUGAAUAGUUGUAGACUUGUAGUAUAGUCUCUAAGAAAUAAUAUUACUUUUUCUUUUUCUUUCA